AAGGAUAAGAAGGACUCGAAGACCGCGAAGGACUCCAAAGAUAGUAAAGUGGAUAAAAAUGACACGAAAUUGGAUUUGGGUUUACUUGAAGAGGACGACGAGUUUGAAGAGUUCCCCGCAGAAGUAUGGAAAGAGAAGGACGAAACAGAGGAAGAGGUGAACCUCUGGGAAGACAAUUGGGACGACGACAACAUUGAGGAAGACUUCAGCAAACAAUUGAAAUCCGAAUUAGAGAAGAAGUCUUUCGCAUAACGUGUCAAACAAUGGCUUCAAUUGUUUUUUUGUGUCUGUUUUUUACUCUAAUUUAUAACAAAUUUGUCUCAAAUAUAAGCGAAACCAAUGCUUUAUUUUGCCUUUAAAUGGCUUUUAUAUAAAUAAAUCUAAAAUUAUUUGUUUAUAA